AUGGCCGCCUCACACUCGUCCAACGCCUCCGGGCCCAAGGUCUCCGAGCAAACUUUCAGCUCGUAUGAUCAGUCCCAAGGCCAAAAGUACGUCCAGGCUCGUCACGACUACAGCCCCCACGUCUACCAGGCCGUCUUCGAGCAGCAUACGUCGACCGGCGGGCGUCCCGAUACGCUCCUCGACGUCGGGUGUGGGCCUGGUCUCGUCGCCCGUGCCCUGGCUCCUCGCUUUGCGCACGUCAUUGGGCUCGAUCCCUCUGAGGGCAUGCUCGCCGUUGCGAGCUCCCUCGGCGGCACCUCCUCCACCGGCGACCCAAUCCGCUGGGAACGUGGCGCCGCUGAGGACCUAGACAAGCUUCCGGGCCUGGCACCUGCGAGCGUCGACCUCAUCACGGCCGCCAAUGCAGCCCAUUGGUUCGACAUGCCGCCGUUCUGGGCCGCCGCCGCGCGAGCCCUCCGUCCCGGCGGCAGCGUCGCGAUCUGGACCAACGGCGACAUCCGCGCCCACCCGUCCAUGCCUGCUGCAGCCAGGAUCCAGGCUGCCAUGGACCGCCAUUUCGAGGUCAACCUGCGACCGCACAUGACGCCCGGGAACCAGCUCGUCAUGGAUGGCUACGUGGACCUGCCUCUGCCGUGGACUCCGACGCCUGGAGGCGACACCAAUGAUGCGGCGAGUGCCGUCGCUCAACAGUUUGACAAGGCCAGGUUUGUGCGUAAGGACUGGGCCGCUGAUGAGGACUUCUUCGUCAGCAACGCCGAGGUGGACCUCGACGGCUUUGAGAAGAUGAUGGCGACCAUGAGCGCGCAGACGCGCUGGAACCAGGCCAACCCAGAGCUUGUGGGCACAGACAAGGACGUGGUCAAAAUUCUGCGCCGCGAGAUCGAGAACGCUUUACAUGAGGCAGGCGUGGACAAGGGCAAAGAGGUACUAAAAGGGUCGGUCUUGGGAGUUCUUCUUGUCGUCAAGAAGAGGAGUGAUCUUGAUCAGUAG